AUGCAACACGAGAAUACUGAACGGCGAUACCAUCAUCUUUUCCAUGUGGCGUCCACAUAUGACAUAAUAUUACUGUGUACUCUGCUGUGUGGUGCAGCUUCAUUCAAGGCAGCUGUAUACGAGCAUGACGUCAUAUUCCCGUCACAACGAUCAGCCGUGUUAUCACGUCAGCCUGCGUUACAUGUAAUACAGCAGAACCUUGAUGUGUACGAAACUCAAUGUAGACAGGCUGAAAGUGAGGGAGUGCAGAUUAUCGUUUUUCCAGAAUACGGACUAUAUGGACUCGGCUGGACCCGACAAACCAUCGCUCCGUAUUUAGAGUUUGUGCCCGACCCCCAGAUAGUCUCCUGGUCUCCCUGUGAUGACCCCUUGCGGUAUAACGACACUGAAACUCAACGACAACUCAGCUGUAUGGCAAAGGGGAGUGCAUUAUACCUGGUAGUCAACUUCGGAUCAAAACAACCAUGUGAUUUCACUUCUCCAAAUUGUCCCGGAGACGGCUUCUUCCAGUACAGCACAAACCUCAUUUAUGAUCCUCAGGGAAAAUUCAUAGCAAGAUACUUCAAACGAAAUCUUUAUGAUGACGAAAAGCAUUUCGACACACCAUCGAAAACAGACUACACAAUAUUUACAACCAAAUUUGGACGUUUCGGCACGUUUUCCUCCAACGAUAUAAUGUUUAAAAAUCCAGCUAGGGUUUUGAUAAAUACAAUGAAUGUUACAAACAUCGUGUAUCCUACUGCAUGGAAGGAUGAACUACCACUUCAAGCAGCCAUCGAAUUCCAAGCGGCGUUUUCCGUGGGUAUGCACGUAAACCUAUUGGCGGCAAAUCUUCACUUGCCGUCCGACGGGUACCACGGGAGUGGUAUCUACUGGCCGGUUGGUACAAGUACAAACAAUAUGGUGUUCUACUACGACAGGACCCUGGGAAGUAAGGGGAAACUUCUUGUGAAAGAUGUAAGUCCUAUCAAAUAUACCAAAACGGAAAUGCAUACAAGGGAAAGACACUCCUCAAUGAGUGAGCCACGCGAGACGAGCAAGAUGGCGUCUAGGAAUCACAACACGAGCACAAUGCGUGAAUCACAGAAUAUAUAUCAUGAUCGAACACGUGUAGAACGGAAUAGACUACAACCAAUUGCUCAGAAACAGUCUGAUUUAAGAGUCCGUCGGACGAGAGAACAAACGGCAAACCAACGCGACAAAAUGGAGAUGACCGGCGUUCUUUUCACGGACGACGAGAUAAUGAAAACCGGCGACAGUGAGUUCACAGCAGUGAUGAACCAUGAUCUGUACACCUUUAAUUCGGUAAUAACUGGACAAGGUGCUAGCAUAAAUGUGUGCCAAAAUAAUUUGUGCUGCAAGGGUUUCUUUGAGGGAUCGUUUCCUAAUCAGAGACUUGCAUUCGGCGCGUUCAGUGGAAUACACACUUAUAAUGGAAGAUAUCCUCUUCAGUCAUGUGUAUUUAUAGCAUGCGCGAACAGUUCAGUCUCAAGUUGUGGAAAACCUACAACUUCCGCCAGUGGGGACAUGGACAAAAUGUCUUUGUCAGGAAACUUCACUUCUGGUAACAUUUUGCCGGAAAUGUUGGUUACACCAGACAAUGUCACACUUUACAGUGUUCCGCUCACAUGGUGGUUUAUGGGGAACGGUAUUAUCAUUGAUGCCGGGAUACCCGGAACACCUCUGUCAUUGUCAUUGUAUUCCUUAGGAGAUUCGACCAACUGAGCAUGCAACAAAGAUCCAAAAUAUCAGUGAUGGAAUUUAAUUAUUCUUACCUGAUUAUUUACAAUAUUCAAAGUGUAAAGUAAGAAAACGUCAUUGGACAAAAAUUAAAGCAAUUAUGAGGUGAAAAAGAGAUCUUAUGAUCCGAGUAAAACAUGAAUACCCAAAGGCUUGUGAGCAAACACUUUUACAAAAUCUUCCUGGCAUAGUCUUCCAUUUAUACAUUUUACAAACUGUGGUGGUGAUGUAUUGCAACGUCAGCCUUACAGCUUGUUUGGUAUCACUUCUGAGGUAUUGUUUUCUUGUAUUGGUUUCUCACUGUUGUUGGUGUAACUUCUGGCCUUCAUGUAAUCAUUCAUUUUCUUAGAUCUCUCAAC